AUGAGGAAAUGCCUUACAACAAUCGGGGAGGUCCCACACUAUGUGCAGUCUUUCCAAAGCAGGGGUCAGUGGGCCUCCAGCUGCUCCAGCGGUCCCAAGCUGGCGGUCUGUAUUUCAGUUUUGCCUCCAGAUGUCCGACAACUGAUUGUCAGAAAAGAAGAGCAGCAAGAGUGGAGGACCAGUCUGGACCAGGAGGACCCAGAGCCCCCACACAUUAAAGAGGAACAGGAGGAAGUCAGGACCAGUCAGGAGGGAGAGCAGCUUCAAGGACUGGAGGAGGAUGAUAUCACCAAGUUCCCGUUGACUGCUGUCUCUGUGAAGAGUGAAGAUGAUGAAGAGAAAGUUCCGUCCUCACAGCUCCAUCAAAGGCAAACUGAGGAGAACAGAGAGGCACAGCCUCCAGCCAGCAGCUCAGCUGUACAGAUGGAAAGAGAGACUGACAGCAGUCAUCAGGUUAUGUCUUUAUACUGUUGUGAAUCAGAGACUGAGGAUAGUAAUGAUGAUUGGAAUGAGACAAGAGAGAAAGGGUCCGGUUCUGACACACUGACAAAUGAGAACACUGUGAAUCAUAAUAAGUCCCACGCCCGUGAGAGACCAUUUAGUUGCACCGUCUGUGAUAAAAGAUUUGGCUGCAAAGGAAAUCUGCACGCCCACAUGAGAAGCCACACAGGGGAAAAGCCUUUUACCUGCACCGUCUGUAACAAAAGCUUUAGUGCAAAGGUCAAUCUGCAGAAUCACAUGAGAACUCACACAGGUGAGAAACCAUUCAGCUGCUCAGUGUGUGAUAAAAGCUUCAGUCAAAAGAAAACAUUAGUUAUACACUUGAGAAGUCACACAGGGGAGAAACCGUUCAGUUGCUCAUUCUGUGGAAAAUGUUUUACUGAAAAGGGAACUUUGAAGAGACACAUUAGAGUUCAUACAGGAGAGAAACCAUACAGUUGCAGUGUUUGUGGACGGAAUUUUAGUCUGCUGUCACAUGUUAAAAGCCAUAAGUGCGCUGGGGUGAGUGGUAACAAGUAAAGCUGCCUGGUUUAUGUUUCAAAUUGAUAUUUAGGUUAAGCUGCGUUCAGGACGUUGGUAUUCGUUCAAUGCAUCAAGUACUUGCAUUUAUAUCUGCACAUGUGCAACCACAAACAGUGA